AAAAGGGAAUUUCCACUUUCAGUUUUAAGUGUAAAGUGAAAGUUAAAAAAGAAAACUUAAGAAGAGGAAACAUAUUGUCGCAGUAUUCUAUUAUCAUGAUAAAAUCUGGAAUACGAGUGAUAAGAGGCCCAGAUUGGGACCCAAGUAUCCAUGAGGAUGGAGGACCAGGUCAUUUAGGGACCAUCAUUGAUGUAUCCAGACAGGACCAGACCUGUACAGUCCAGUGGGAUAAUGGACAUUUAUCUAACUGUAAAGCAACUUCAGACCAACAAGAUCUUAGGAUUGUUUACACUGAAAGUACAGUUACAAAAGGAAAUUCACACUUUGCCUACUGCAAUAUUUGUAAUAACUCACGACAGAAUGUUAGUGGCUUGAGAUUUAAAUGUGUGACUUGUAAAGAUUAUGACUUGUGUAUGAAAUGCUACAUGGCAGAUGAACACGACAAAACACAUUCAUUUGUACGAAUCAACAGUAGAAUUUCUAAAGUGAUACCUAUUUUAACAAGAGUUAAAUCCAAGAGAACUAAGUUGUAUGGAUUUGGACCUGGAGCCAGUGUCAUGCUUACACCAUUUGCAACCUCAUCUCAUAUCGAUGAUAUUGGAAGAAUUGAAGAAAUGAUAGAAGAAGAUGGUGGAACAGCUAAGGUCACAUGGCCUUCAAGGGAGGUAACUACAGUAAAAACUGGUAAAGAUGGUUUAAUAGAAAUAAAACUGGUAGAACCACAUCAUGUUGGACAUGUUUAUAUUGACCAUAUACCGGCAGUAGAUUUAUCGCAACCUCCUGAUUCAUGUAUCAAUCCUGGAGACAAAGUUUGUGUUGAUCUGAACUUUGACACAUUUCAAGGACUACAACAAGAUUAUGGUGGAUGGAUUGAUGAUAUGGAAGAGAUAAUGGGUGAGACUGGGAAAGUUGUGGAUGUACCAAGAAAUACCUUGUGUGAAGUUUACUUUGCAAGUGUAUCCAGAACUUAUGUGCUUUUUAUUGCUGCUUUAACAAAGAUGUCAGUUCCUGUUGUUGGCGACAGAGUUAUGGUUCUUGCUGAUGUAGGAAUCCUUAUAAGACGUCAAAGAUAUCUGUGGAAGGAAGCAAUGAGGAAUUUGAUAGGUAAAACUGGAACUGUUGAUAGUAUAGAUGUUAUGGGUAAUCUGUCCAUCAGUUUCUCUGGGAACAGGAAGUUUGACUUCAGUCCAUCUUGUGUAGUCAAGGAUGAUGGUGACAGUGUAGUACCAAGGGACGAUAGUGAUGACGAAGGCACUAUCAAAAUAACAUUGGAAGAUGAACCUUCUGUAUACCAUGAAUCAGAAUUGAAGGAGAUGCCUACUCCAUUUGGUGUUGAUGAAGAAUCUGUUGACAGCUCUGAUGGCUCUGAUAAUGAUGAGGAUGGUAUCUCCAGUGAUGAAGAACAUGUACCUAAAGUUAACACAUCCAUGGUUAUUGCCCCUGGUUUACGAGUGGUCAGAGGACGAGACUGGAAAUGGUCAGAUCAAGAUGGAGGUGAAGGUCAUUUAGGAACUAUACAGGAAAUCAGUGGUAUGAGAAAGACAUCAUGUCCAGACAAGUGUGCAGCUGUAUUGUGGGAUAAUGGUUACAGAAAUACGUACAGGAUUGGAUUCGAAAAUUCAUAUGACCUGAGGAUCUAUGAUAACGCGGGAGUGGCUGGUAACAGACACCAGGGAAUGAAAUGUACAGAGGUAACCUGUGAGGAAGAGGAAGAUGAUAUUAUGGGAUAUGUAUGGCAGUGUAUAUCUAAUCCGGAGGUUACAUUAUGUAAUAACUGUUACCAUGCAGAUAAAGGGGAUGUAACUGAAGGUUUUCGUAGAAUUGAAUACCCAGGUCAUAAAGGGGUUAAAGUACCAAAACGUCAGAUGACACAGAGACAAAAACUGUUGGGAAUUGAUGUUGGUGCCAGAGUUAUAAGGGGAGCUAACUGGAGAUGGGCUAACCAAGAUGGUGGACCUGGUCAGCAGGGAGAGGUUAUUGCCCUUGUGAACUUCAGCUUGGACACAGAUCGUGAUGCAGCAGAGAUUACGUGGGGUAACGAGCACUCCAAUGUGUAUAGACUUGGCUAUGAAGGAAUGGUAGACCUGAAGUGUAUGAAGCCAGGCACUGCCAAAUAUUACUACCCCUAUCAUUUACCAGAACUCAAAAUGCCAGCAGAACCAUUUCACAUUCCUGAGACAGAAGAGGAAGACAUACCAGAGGCUGAUGGUAGAUUGAGGCCAGGAGAUAAAGUCAUGAUAGGUGUGGACCCUGAUGUCUUUCAGUCCAUCCAUAAAGAAAUGAAACUUUGGAAAGAAAAAAUGAUGGAGAUGAUAGGGAUGACUGGGAGGGUAGAGGGAGUUGAAGGCGUGACUGUGGCAGUCAACUUUGAUGGGGACAGAUAUAAAUUACAUGAAAUGGCUCUCAAUAAGGUGGAAGUAUUUUCAGCAGGUGAAUUUGUGAAGAUAAUGGAGGAUUAUGGGAAGGUUCAGAAAUUACAAAAUGGUCAUGGGGACUGGAAUGAUUUAACUAGAAAGUCUUUAGGAAAGAAAGGACAAGUAAAAAGUGUCAAUGUAGAUGGUGAUGUCAAGGUCAAGUUUGGUGAAGUGUCCUUGACCUUUAACCCUGAAUGCUUGACUAAAACUGAGGGACCAGCAGACUUUAUGACUAGCAGUAGGCCUGAACCAAGACCUGAACCUAAACCUGAACCAAGACAAGAACCUAAACCUGAACCCCCUCCUGAUAACAGGAAUCCAAGUACAGAUUUCAAGGCUGCAGUAGAACAAGACAUGGAAGAUGAUGUGUUAAUACAUUUGAACCAAGAACCUACGAUGGAAAAGAAACGAGAACUUGUGAGUGGUCAAGCUAAUUUCCAUCCCAUUUAUACAGCCUGUAAGAAUGGGUCUGCUGGAGUACUGAAAGCCUUGUUAAAGUAUGCUGGAUCACAGGCUCUGGAGGAAGGAGACGAUGGGACUAAAAGUACACCGCUACAAAUCGCCGUCAAAAAAAAACAUUCUGAUUGUGUAGAAUUACUGUUAAGUUACAAUGUGAAUAAGGAUGCUGUAAAUGACCACAGACAGUCAGCUGUUCAUCUGGCUGUACAAAACAGAGAUGUAGCCACGCUUCGUGUCCUAAGGAAACAUAAAUGUGAUAUUAAUAAAAAGGAUGCCCUAGGAGAUAGUCCUGUAGUAGAUGCUAUAGUAAGACAACAGGGAGAUAGUACAGAGAUGUUAGAUGUGAUACUAGAUUGGCCAGGAAUUGACUUGAACUUUGAAAAUAAAAAUGGAUUUUCUCCAAUCCAUAUUGCUGCCAGGAAGGGAGAUUUAGGAGCAGUAAAAAAUCUCUUAAAGAAGGACAGAAAGUUACUCAAUAAGGAGAAGAGUGAUGGGUACACACCUUUACACCUGGCAUCAUGUAUGGACCAUCAUCAAGUCGUGCAAUAUCUACUGGACCAGCCUGGUAUAAACAUUGAUGCUAGGACAAGAGACAAAGGUCAGACAGCUCUGUUGAUUGCUUGUUUCUAUGGCAGCAGAAAAACAGCAGAUAUUUUACUGAGUGAAAAAUACAAUUGCCAGAUUGAUAUCAGGGACAGUGAUGGUAACAACGCCUUACAUUUAUGUCUGAGUGGUCCACCACAAGUCAUGGAAAUUACUGAAAUUCAGAGAUCAAACCUUCGAGAAAAUGACAAACAAAUAAAGCAACAACUAGACCUGGCAGAACUCUUAGUCAAUAAAGGUGUGUCCUACACUGUUAAAAAUAACAACGGAAAACUACCGCAGGAACUGCCUUCUGCAGAGAAAUUGAAAGAAGAAUUUACUGCUAUAAUAGUUUUAAGAUCGAGUAGAGAACAGCACCAGUUAUGUCCCUUGUGUGAAGAAGAAGGUAACGAGGUGUAUGCUGUAUUUGUGGUACAGCCGUGUGGAUGUUCUCUUUGUAAUGGAUGUUUCAAUCCUAAGUUCAAACGAUGCCCUAACUGUGGUAAAAGUAUACAGUCAUCCACAAAACUCAAGAGGAAGUAAUCUUUCAGAACUGUGGUGAAAAAUUUGUUGUUUUGAGUCAAUCUGAUUGAAAUUGAGUAAUUUUUUUUUCUAACUAUUUAUUCUGUGGCAUAAUAUGUAAAAAUGACAAAUUGGUAAAAUUGACAAAUGAUGUUGUGUUAUGGAUGGAAGCAAUGUCUUUUACAAGCUUGCUGAGACUGCACAAAGUAAUUAAGUUGUUGUAUUAGUCCUUUGUAUUGGUGCAUUGUAUUGGUCCUUUGUAUUGGUCCUUUGUAUUGGUGCAUUGUAUUGGUCCUUUGUAUUGGUCCUUUGUAUUGGUGCAUUGUAUUGGUCCUUUGUAUUGGUCCUUUGUAUUGGUCCUUUGUAUUGGUGCAUUGUAUUGGUCCUUUGUAUUGGUCCUUUGUAUUGGUGCAUUGCAUUGGUCCUUUGAAUUGGUUCUUUCAUCAGUGCAUUGUGUUUAUUGAAGAAGAAAAUUGAAUUGAAAUAUAAAUGUAAUAGUUGGAACUAUAAUAGAAACAGAAAGGAAUUACAGCAUUGCUGAAUAUUUCUGAUCUAUUUUUGUGCUUAUUGUUAGUAAAAUAUAAAAUCAAAACAUUGUAUGAUUAUUCCCCUUAUACUGCAACUCUAGAAAAUAUUUCUAUAUUGGACAAAAGUAUUUUUAUGUUGAAAAUAAAGAUUUUGGUCAUGAAGGGAUGAUAAAAAUGCUUUUAUGUAAUUGGUACAAUUUUGAUGGCAUAUCAUUUCUUAUCUCUCUGAAGAUGUCUCUUUUUGAUGUUGUUGGUCUUGAUCAUCCAUACCCAAAAUCUCCUCUUAUUCGUAUCGUACACUUUAAGAAAAGUAGAAUUCAGUGAAAACAGUUAGACUUCAGAGGCAACACUUUUAAUGACAUUAUUGUACAUUAUUAAAUGCUUUUUUAUACAUUGCAGUUUACUGAUCUUUUAAAUUUUGUUGGUUAAAAGCUCUACAGAGUAAAUGUUACUUGUAUCAAUUUGUACCUCUUUGCAGGUAGCAGUAUGAGUUAAAUUGUAUAUGGUUAUGAUAUUCUAUGAAUGCAAAUAAAAGUGUUAUAUAAA